AUGGUGUUAGUAGGAUUAUUAACAGGUCUCCGAGGACUCGUAAAAACUAAUCACAAUGCAGCGGAUAUUUAUAGUGCCGUUUUCAAACUACAUUAUCGCUUUACGGCAAUGAUGCUCUUUAGUUUUUGUCUUUUAGUUAGCGCCAAUAGUCUAGUCGGAGAUCCCAUCAAGCAUAUUGAUAAAGACUACGGAAGAGGGACAGGUUUGGCAUACCCUGGCGUUGGCCCUAGUUUACCAGAUGACACGAAAACGCACCAUGCCUACUAUCAAUGGGUACCGUUUGUACUCUUCUUACAGGGUUUGAUGUUCUACGCACCUCAUUGGCUUUGGAAAACAUGGGAAAAUGGCAAGCUGGAAUCUAUUAUUAUGGGUCUAGCCACCCCCAUCAUGAAUAAAGAGGAACGCCGCGAUAAGAUUCAACUGCUGUAUAACGGCGUUUAUCUAUCGUCUGUUGAUGUUUUACGUUCCCGUCAUCAGGUCGACAUUGCUAUUCCAAAAGCCUGCGAGUAUGCUGCACUACAAGAAAGUCUUGGACCAAAACGUCUCGAAAAAGUUACAGAUUGGCGAUCUUUUCUUAAUAUACCUCUUGAGUAA